GUAUGUACCGGGAUACCCGACUAUUAUAGCCAAAUGUAACGAAUGGGGAAGAAUAGGUAAUCAGCAAAACUGUUGUCUGAUACACAUCAGUUGACGCUAAAACCACCUAAUCUUCGAUAUCCCAUCUAAUCACAACUUUCAACCUAAUCACAGCCAUCCUACGCCGUCCGCUCUGACACAGCUUUGAAUCAAUGACCCUCUAUUACAUGAGCUCGACCCUUCUAACUGAAGAAUCCGCGGGGCGACACGAAAGAUAGUCAGCCACCUGCUCCCACCCAUAGCUUACAUCCUCGACAUCAUCUAACAUCAUUAAUGUUGAAGAUGAGGUUUACGGCACUGCUCUCACUGCUCUGUUCGCUGUCCUCCACCACAGUCCUCCGAAGCGACGGCAGUUGUUCAACACAUGGAGACUCGAGCCUAUCAAAAUCAUAAAUUAUUAAUACGAACCGAAUCACUUGGGUUCAUGUUUGUGCUUCGACUCCGAGAGGAUAAAACUUCAAUGCAAGGAAUUUACCCCAGAUAAAGUUUAGACGAGUAGAUCGUCCCAAUUUAAGUCCCGUGCCUCCGACCCUCCGACGUUUUCUUGGCAAGCAUUCACAUCUUAGACAUGUGAAAGCUAAACGAAGCCUCGACCUAGAAACACCUUGGGUGCAUGACUCCCGUCUCUCCUGAUCUCUUCAAUACGAAAAAAACAUACCUAUUUUUCCCACUCCUAUUACUUACCUCGAGAGUCCCUUUUAUACAUCCCAUCUAUUCUUCACCUCUACUUUGUCACUUCAUUCCUGAGCAGCUUAAUUGUGGUAUACCCAAUAAGAAAUGCAUAUUUGAGUUUGAAGUAAAGUAAACACAUUCAGAGGUACCUCCCCAGACUCAGCAGUAGUCCUUCUCAUCUUCACAAACACAUCAAUUGGUCAAUUUGUACAUGGACAUAGACCUUGGAUCACUUGUUGUGAUAUGCAUGUUACAUUUUGUUGACUGAGAACAGAUCAUUUAUAGAUUCCGCGGUUCAUUGCCCCUUUGUAAAUCUUGGGAAGAAAGUAUCUCCAUCUGUCAUCGUCAGCAUUAUUACAAGAUUAAGGUCGAAAUGGCUACCCCGCACAUAUAUCGCCCAAAGCCACGUCGGCCUUUUGAAGCACAUUCUCUUGCCCUCCAACAACCUCCAAGUCCUUCGCUUACUCCUUCAUACGAGUUCCUCGAAACACCAAGCCGCACUCAUUCCGUCCUCAACUUGACAUCCUCCACCUUGGGAGGUAUAUACGAGGCCAACGGUCAUGAUGAUUUUGAGCCAGAGACACCUACCACUCCAUGGGAAACAGGAGAUGAGAGCCUCCAACGGAAGCGUAGCUCUACAAUCCAAAGAAGACAUUCUUUGGCUGGAGCCCGGCCUUCAAGGUCCGCAACUAUAGCUUCUCGGAUCUUUCGCUCCAUUCUGUUAUUUGGUUUAGGGGUGCUAUAUGGUCUACUUGUAAAACAUCUACACGACGACCGACAUCUUGCGCCACUCCAAGUGGAGUCCAUUAUAAAACCCAGUCAUGAUUGGAGAUAUCUUGUAUUUUGGGGCAUUGCAGGUGUUGGAUUGGGAAGCUUGCUACCAUUGGUCGACAAACUGUGGGACGAAAAGAUUCGAUCACCUGGAAACUCCACAAGUACUCCAUCAGAAGAAGCAAUUGAUGCCAGCGACUCACAAAUUGUUCUUGGGGAAGACUGGAUACUGGCAGUAAGGAGCGUGGGCGCUUUUGUAGGAAUAGCUUUUGCCAUUGUACGUCCCUUUUCGAUGCAUUACUGAACUUCAUUAACAUUUCCUUAAGCGCAAACUCCCCUGGGCUUCUGAUAUGCAAGCAUCCUUAACCCUCGCCCUCGUGAAUCCAGUGUUGUGGUAUAUCAUUGACCGUUCCAAGCCUGGACUAGCGUUUUCAGCCGCUAUUGGUGCUACAGGCAGCGCAAUUCUCCUUGCGUCGAACUCAGAUUUAAUGCCGAGCCCGGCUGCUGCAGUGAAGAACAGCACCGUAUCUCACCAUCCAAUUGAUUAUUCGGAGGCUGGAUCCGAGAAUUUGGUGACUAGGGGUAAUCUUGAGGCUGGGAUAUGGAUUUCCAGUGUUCUUUUUUGCAGCUGUGUUUGUUUUGGGAACAUAGGGCGAAGGCUAGCGCUGAAUAGCGACAUGAGGAAGACCUCGUUUAUUAGCGAGCAACCGAGAAGAAAGUCGAUGGGUCGUGUGCAAGCAGCAAGACAGGCACAAUAGAAUGUAAGCCAAUGUCUUCCUUGCUCGGUACCUGGAUACAUUAAGAUUGAGGAAAAGCUGCAAGUGUUAUAGAGAGAAAUUUUGAAUCUUUUUUUCUUUUUUUCUUUUCUUACACAGCGCGUUCUGUGAGAGAAGAGGGAUUAUUUAUUGCAUAUGCACAAGAAAUCUCGAUCAGAGGUUGUCACUUUUGUUAUUGGUUAGGCAUUGGUAACUUGAAAUCAGAACGCAGAAUGCAGCUGCAGACUAAUCUGCAUGAAGCCGCCGCCGCUAAAAUUAUUGCGAUCCAUCCAUUAUGGACGGGGAAAGCCCUGAUAUCUAAUUUGAUCCAAAGGCACGGCCAGAUAUUAUGACAUGGAACAAGCGAUGAUAUUCAGCUUAAUCCAACAUUUGAAUCUCGAAGCAGAAGGGAAGAUAUACGGUAGCUGAUACUCAGAAUUUUUCAGGAAUGGAAAGGACGACAUGAAGAUAAUGCAUGUAAGGAAGAAAUACAUCUCCAAAUAUGUAUAUAGCAACAUUAAAUCAUUUCUAUCCCAAUGAUAGUUUCAUUUGACUAUCUUGAUAGGUAU